UCUAAAAUAUCGUGAGACUGGAUUGUAUGUGUGAGCUUUAGCAGCUCUGCACUUUUGGCUUGAUUUAUUACUGGAAAAUUGACGAUUUCACUCUCACAGUUAAUUUAAUUGGAUGACUGACUGAAUCGCGGGAACGUUUUGGAGAUUUGGAAAGGAUUAAACAUACGAAAGCGCCGUGUGUUUGUGUUUUAGAGACGAGGUUAGCCUGAUGCUAAUGUUAGCUGUCAAACAUCAACAGGAAGUCACUGAUAGAAUUUUCAAAUGUCUUGCGCUUUGGGUUCACCAGUCAUGAACUGCUCCUUGGAGAAGGUUUUGGCCGAUGCAAAGUGUCUGGUGGAGAGACUUCGUAACCAUGACAACGCUGCAGAAAUGCUCAUCGAACAAACAACAUCGCUGAACAAAAGAGUGGAGGCCAUGAAACAGUACCAAGAGGAGAUUGAUGCACUGAACCAAGUUGCAAGACACAGACCUCGAUCGAGUUUGGUUUUAGGAAUCCAACAAGAAAAUCGCCAAAUCAGAGAACUACAGCAGGAAAACAAAGAAUUACGGACAUCACUGGAGGAGCACCAGUCGGCCCUGGAGCUGAUCAUGACCAAAUACAGAGAGCAGGUGUUUCGGCUGCUCAUGGCCAGUAAAAGAGAUGACCCUGCCAUAGUCACACAGCUAAAGGAGCAGCAUACUACGGAAAUGCAGGCUCAUAUAGACAAGAUAAAUGAGAUGGCAUCUGUGAUGCGGAAGGCCAUAGAGGUGGAUGAAGGACGAAUCUGUGAAGAUGAAGAGAAGAUCAAACAACUUGAGCUGGAGAAUAAAGGCCUCCGUGAGCUGCUGGGGAUCAGUCGUGAAGCUUUUUUGGUUUUGAAACGAGAGGACGUCUCGGAGAACACCUCCCUCUCUCCUCUGUUAACCAGCGCCGAUGUCAGUUUACGGAAGAGUUAACUCCACAGCGCUCCUCAUCUGCUGUACUCUGCUAUAGGUUGCAUUCAUAUCCUAGAGUUUGCUGCAUAAAUCUUGAAUGAAAGGCCAAGGCCAAUAUUAAUCAGUGGGUGAGGAACUAAAACCAAAAACCUGAUUACUUUUUUCUUAAGAUUUAGCUCCAGAAGCUUACAAUAUACAAUACAGGCCACUUUUGAGGCACUGAGGAGGCUAGCCUGUUUAUAUAAAAGAUUAAUAAUACAACAAAAUAUUUAUAUUGUGGCAUUUAUUGCUCUUUCAAAGUAAUACAAUCAUACUAAAUUAUACCUUAGUCAACAUUUAGUGUAUCACCCAGUACCAUAUACUUUUAAUAACUCUAAUCUCAUAUUAAAUGCCCUUUUUAUGCAAGAUUAAAACUAUUUGAACUCUUCAAUAUUUUGUGUUUUUCAUUCUAAAAUAAGAUAGGAAUAUGAAAAUAUUUAUACAUGUAAUUCCUCUCUUAUUUCUGCAUGUAAAACAUGUGAAUGAAAGGAAAUGCCACUCCAGAUUUGUUCUGAUGAGGAAAAAUUGUUUGUUUAUCACAGUAAAGGACCUUAGAUUAUAAUAUAGAUUUUAUGGCAUUAUUUCAUUGUGUGAGUGCAACCUAUCAGCCUUAGACUCAUAAAGACUCUAUGAUCAAUCUAUAUUUUCUGAUUUCAUUCCAGCAUGAGAUGUUUAUGCUGAGUCUUGGUUUGGUCAAUCAAAAACUAUUACAGCAUACACAGUUUUUAUGUUUUGUUUCAUGGGAUUUUUGUUUUCUAAUUAUUGACUGCAUGCAGGAUACUUUCAUGUGUGCAAGGUUUUUAAGUGUGACUGAGGAAAUGUAAAAAACAAAAGCUUGAGGUCAAAUAAAUUAUAAACUGACUGUA